GUGGCGGCUCCUUCGAGCGCGGCGGGGCGACAUGGCGGGCCCCGGCCCCCGCGGCCGAUCCGCCCGGCCUCUGCAGCGGCGUUACCGGCGGGGGCCGGCGGGGGAUUGCCUUUCAAGAGCAUUACAUACUGAAUGUAAGAGCAGAAGCUCCCUGAUAUACAAAGGUGACAUGGACAGCUCACUGGAAAAUACAAAUGUUUCUUCAUCCAAAUGUUUUUUAGAGUCAGAAUUUACUGAAAGUGGAAGAGAGAACAUCUUCAGAUCUAGUGAUUUCCUACAAAGUUUUAAAGACUGGGAUUGUUUUGAUGAUGAGCAGGAUUCUUUUUGUGAUUCAAGUGGUCUAGAAAUAGAAGACAAGACCAUUACUUGCUCUGAAACUGAUGCAGUACAAAAUACAGCUAGAUACAUGGAAGCAGGCAGCGCCUUACCAUCUCAUUUUGCUGCGAAUACACAAGAAAAUAGUGACCAAAACAUUACCAAUGGUUUGGUAAGGAACAUUGUGAGUGGAACUGAUGCUCAAGCAAGCAGUCGUCAAGGCUUAAUACCACCUCACAUCAGUCAAAUUUAUGAUGAAUUAUUUGUCAUACAUCAGAAGCUCCAGAGAGAAAGUUCAGCCCAGCAGGAGUAUGCUCUGCAACUCCAGAAACGAGAGCAUUUUCUAACAGAGCGAGAAGCGUUGGUUUUUAGACAUGAAGCAGCUUUGGCUAAAAUAAGAAGUGUCGAGGAAGAAGUUCACACAAAAUUUGGAAUUAUAAAAGAGCAACACAAGGUGGAAGUUAAACAGCUGACAGAAGCCUUGAGAGAAAUAACUAAAGAAAAUAGGAGGCUGAAGUCAUCAUUUGACACCUUGAAGGAAAUGAAUGACUCUUUAAGAAAACAGUUAAGUGAAGUAACUGAGCUGAAUAAGAAGCUGGAAGGUCAAGCAAGGAAAGUACAAGCCCGUUUAGAGAAUCUACAAAGGAAGCAUGAAUUUUUAAUGGUACAGAAGUCUAAGGAUAUAUGUCAAGUGGUGCAACAAAGUAAACCUGUCAAGCAGGAGAAAGUGAUGGUAACAUCAAAAAUUGCUAAGCUACCAUUGAAUUCACAAGUUUAUGAGCUCUUAACUUUACUUAUGGACUGGAUCUCAGACCAGCACCUUAGCAAAAUAAAAAUACAAGAAGAAAGAGAGGACAGUCAUAAACUUCUGGUUACCCAGACCUCCAAAAAAACCUGCACCCAGGAAAGGUGUAUGAAGCUUUUGCCUAUAGCUAUUGAGCAGCUCCAGUGGAUGCCAUUUGUGAAUCCUAAACUACACAUGCCUGUGAUUAAAUUUAUUUACUGGUCUAUAAGGCAGCUAGACACUGGUAUUCAGCAUGCAACAAUGACAGCAACAAUGAGGAGACUUGGCGAAGGUAUUUUUAAAGGCAUAGUAAGUAAGAGAAACCCACAUAGUUCUUCUGACCAGUCUACAGAGAGUAGAUCAAAAUCGGCAGCUUUCUUCAAGAGUUCCUGUAUGCCUUUGAGGUUUCUGUCAACUUUAAUUGUGCUUAAAACAGUGACACAAGUGGAUUACCUGGCUCAGGCAUUUGAUUCCCUUCACAUAGACUUGAAGACAGAUGAAGGGAAGGCCUUAUUUUUGGAAUACCAAUGCAUGCCUGUCAUAUUAAGUCACUUAAAAGUAUCCAGCAGAGGUCUGCUUUCCAGUGCUCUUGAUGGAUUACUUCAGAUGACCAUGGGAUCUGGUUCCUUACAGCCUUUCCUGGAAGCCUGCAGUAACGAAUCCUUCUUCCGUACUUGCUCUGUAUUGCUUCGAAGUUCUAAGCUAGAUAUUCAGAUUCUGGAAAAGCUCUGUGUUAUACUGCAAAAACUCUCCAGAAUAAAAAGCAAUAGGAAGAUGUUUGAAUUGUUUACUCUUCACCAAAUGAUCCAGGAACUUCAUAGGACUACAAAUCCAGAUCAUGCUUUCCUCUGUAUAAACCUCAAUUCAAUUCUGUUGAAUUUGGGAUUGUCAAGGAGUAACUCUCUUACCUCCAGUCUUAGCACAAGUCACUAGUACUAUCUUUCAAUCUGAUUAUUGUUCUGUAUAAUUUAUAGCAGCUGCCUAUGUUACUUGACAAUUUGGAUAUAUUUUUUUACUGUUUUAUAUAAAUAAAUUAAGCAGAACCUCAUUACUGUUUAAAUUACUCUGUAUCGUGUGGAAUCUCACUGAUAUUUCCCUCAUUCUUAAAAAAGAAAAUGAAAAAUUGCAUAAUAUGCUAAAUGGCUUUCUUCAAUACUUUUUAAAGAAGUGAAAUAGUGCUGCUGUUCUGAAUGACUCAUGCAGUCUAAGGAAUUGGAUCCCUUGAGUAAGCAGAUCAGAAAUACCAACCUUUCCUUGCAGGUAUGAAUCUUAGUUACCUCUGACUCUUCAGAGAGUUUUAUAAAUUCAUUUCUAUAUUUUAUGAUUGAUAAGGAACAGACAGGUAUCUUAUCAAAUUAUCUUUUGAGAUAGUUACAGUUAUAAUGAUUCAAACUAGAUUUUGAUUUAACAUAACUAGAUGUGUUGAAUGAGAAAUUGUGUUGUUUUGAUUUCAGAAUGUCUUGAUGCUUGUUUGAUCGUUUCCUGUAUUUAUGUAACAUUUAGUAUUUUAUCCUGCUUUGUAUGAAUUUCUAGGGUAACUUUGGGUUGUACUAUCUCUGCAAAUGUAAAUAAAAACAUUUCUUAAAAUGCCUGGCAA